CAUCAUGUCUACGAUUGACACAAAUAACUUGCGAACAAGUCCCGAUCCUUUGACGGCAUCACCAAGAGAGCUGUCUGAAAUGCAGAAGAGGGCUAAAAGAAGAGACAGACGCGCCUCGAACGCAGAACCUGAUGAGGAGCUGCCCGUUCAGUGGACACCUGAAUUGGAGAUUGUGCUGUUCCAUGCUUUAGCGAGAUUUAGACCAGUGGGUGUCCACAAACAUUUUCGCAUGUUGAGUGUUCAACGAUAUUUCAACAAGGAAACAGGGUUGGACCUGACGGUGAACCAACUUUGGGCGCAUCUGUCAAACUACUACGAUCUUGAUGCUUUGGAUGCUAUGGCUGAUGAGACAGAUGACGAUAUAACAUUUGAAGCCAGACGAAAGAGAAGCGGAUAUCCAUUCAAGGUUGUUGCUGAGUUUAGUCUACCAACGGAUGAUUUUGAAAGCAUCAUUGCGGAACACCGGAAAGCGGUCUCCCCUGUCCCUGAUCGCGGAGCAUCCACGAGACGUGGAGGUCGAGCCUCAUCGCCAGCAACUGAAUCGACUAGAUCAACACCAGAACCACAAGCGGAACCGGAGACACCUGCAACAGCGCCAGGAAAGAGAGGUGUAGGUCGACCGCGAAAAUCAGCAAAGAAAGAUAUCGUACAGCCAAUUUCAGAGCCUUCACUGCGGCGAACACGCGCAGCGUCCGCGUCAAGUGCUGCAGCAACCCCUACCCCGACUACCAAGAGGCCAAGAAGAAAUGUGUAGGGUCAUAUUUCUCAUAAAUGUAUAAUAUCUUGUAGCUGUCAUUGAAAUUGUGAAUUUUUUGGUUUGUAUUGA